AUGGCGGAGGAGCCUGUUCUUGCAAAACGAAGAGGCAGUAGAAGCGUGGAGAUUCCUCACAGCGACGACAGUCAGCCUCCUAAUUUAGGUGAUACUGAAGAAGAGCCAAGGCUUAAAUACCAGAGACUAGGGUGUGACGUAGCUGAGUUGCUAGGCAGUAAUGCAGCAACAUGUCUGUGUGUCUCGGACAAGAUCCUGGCGUUGGGCACUCACAAUGGCACAGUGCACGUACUGGACUACAUCGGCAACGAGGUGAAGCGCAUCGAGGCGCACAAGGGGCCUGUCAACGAGAUAUGCUUUGAUGAGGCGGUGGAAUACAUUGCCAGCUGCUCUGAUGAUGGCUCUGUUGUGAUCCAAGGCUUUUACACAGAGGAGAUCACAACGGUCAAGUAUAAACGGCCCAUCAAGAGCGUGGCGUUGGAUCCGCGGUAUGGCUCAAGGAAGACCCGGGAGUUUGUCACAGGCGGACUAGCAGGGCAGCUCUUACUGGGCUGGCUGGGCAACAAAGACACCAUCCUGCACUCCGGCGAGGGCCCGAUCCAAGAAAUCAAGUGGAGCGGCACUUUGAUCUCGUGGGCUAACGACCUGGGCGUGAAAGUGUAUGACACCACAAUCCAUCAGCGCAUUGCUUACAUCGAGCGUCCUCGCUCGAGCUUGAAGCAUGAAAAGCUGCAGUGCCACAUGUUCUGGGAGGGAGAGUCCCUGCUGCACAUUGGGUGGGCCGACUGCGUCAAGGUGGCACGCGUCCGCCCAGCCACUGCAGUCUCCGGCGCACAGACAGACUCGAAGCGCUCCCUCCAGAUUGUCGCUUCAUUCCAGAUGGACUACCUCAUUGCAGGGAUUGCGCCGUUUGGAGAGGACAUCUGCUUGCUAGCCUGCGCAUUGGCCAAGCAAGGCGACGGCGCAGAGCAAGUGGAGGCAGGCACAACAGGGGACAUGACUGCAGUAGUCCCAGCAGAGGCUCCCAGACCAGAGCUAAAGAUAGUGACGUGGCAGAACGAGGAGGUGGCAUCGGACGCGCUGUCCGUCCACGGCUAUGAGCACUAUGAGGCGACCGACUACGCGCUGGCUGCCUGGUACCCGAGGCGGCCGCGCGCGCACGGCGCCCCCGAGGACGCAGCCGGCACCAGCGGGCGAUCCACGGACUUCACCAAGUGGUGGGCCGACGGGGACGAGCCCCUCUACUACAUCAUCUCCUCCAAGGAUGUGGUGGUGGGGCGGCCGAGGGAUGGGGACGACAGGGUGGCCUGGCUGCUAGACCACAAGCACUUUGACAAGGCGCUCGCUGUGCUUGAGACGGACCGAGGGCUCAAGGCAUCCACCCAUGAGCAGGUGACGCAGCGUUAUCUGGAGUAUCUGGUCUCGCAGCGGCGCUUUGACGAGGCCGCCCAAGUCUGUGCCAGGCUUCUCAAGGACAAUGCAGCGGGGUGGGAGCGGUGGGUGUACGUUUUUGCGCAGCUACGGCAGCUGCCGGCGCUGGCGCCGUACAUCCCCACAAAGGAGCCGCGGCUGCGGCAGACGGCGUACGAGAUGGUGCUGCACUCCUUCCUGCUGGCCCCUGCGGACCACCCGCGGCUUCUGGAUGCUCUGCUCAAGUGGCCCCCCGACCUCUACUCCAUCCCCUCCCUCACCCAGUCCGUCAUCAACAGGGCACGGGGCCCAGGCGGCGACAGCAAGGCGCUGCUGCAGUCGGCGGCGCACCUGUACCAGCUGCAGGGCCGCUUUGACCUGGCGCUCGCCAUCCUGCUGCGCCUGCAACAGCCGGACGUCUUCUCCUUUGUCACCGACCACAGCCUGCUCCCCCUUCUCAAGCCCUCCCACGUGGCUGCCCUCGUGCGCAUCGAUGAGGUGCGCGCGAUACGGCUGCUGGUGGAUCACCACGAGGAAGUCACGGCCGCUACCAUAGUCCCAGCCCUGCAGGAGGCGGAGCUGUGGCGCAAGCGCAUUUAUUACUACCUCGACUGGCUCUUCCAGAAGGACUCCAACGCCGGCGCAGACUUUGCAGGCCUGCAGGUGGAGCUGUACGCUGACUACGAUGCCGGGCGGCUGAUGGCAUUCCUGGUGAGCAGCCAGGCGUACGCGCUGGAGGCGGCCGCGGAGCUGUGCGAGGCACGCGGACUGGUGCGCGAGCAGGUCUUUGUGCUUGGCCGCAUGGGCAACUCGCGCCAGGCCCUCCACCUCAUCAUCCGCCGCCUCGCCGACAUACCCCAGGCAAAACACCCAUUUGUGCAGAUGCAGCGCGACGACGAGCUGUGGGAGCUGCUCAUCAGCCUCGCCAUCGGCAGCGCCGACCUGACAGGUGCUCUGCUGGACCACAUAGGCGGCUACGUGGAUCCGCUGCGGCUGGUGCAGAAGAUUCCGGCGGGGCUGGAGAUUCCGCGGCUGCGCGACCGCCUGGUGCACAUCAUCGCCGACUUCCGCACGCAGACGUCCCUGCGUGAGGGCUGCAACGCCAUCCUCCACCACGACUGCCUCCACCUCGCCCAGGUGCUCCUUCUUCCCUUUUUUCCGUCCUCCCUUUUGCAGCGUGGUGCUGCAAAAGGGUCAAUCUGCUGCUGCAUUUGUCGCUGGUAUGUGGCAAACAGUUGCAGGCGCAGCUCGUGCAGUAGUGGACUGCCUUGCAUGUGA